AAAAGCUUGUGUGUCGCACUCAGUUCCGACGCUGCUACACCAAAGGAGCUACCGCCACGCGUAAACAAGACGCGUGGACCUUCUUUCAAAGCCCGACAAAGGGAAAAAACUAAAAAGAACCGACGGUUGCAGAAAUAGUUUUAGUGCCUUUCAAUCAUAAUGCAAGAGAGAGAAACACUUACACAAACACAAACACAAACACGCCACAACAACACCAUAUCCAAAUCCAUUCCCAUAAUCACUUCCCCUUAAUAUUAUUAUUAUUAUUAUUAUUACGCUUUCUUUUUCAUCCAAUUCCUUAUCAUUAUAUCAUGCUUUUAACCUAAUUCUGCAAUUUUACCAUUAAUACACAAUCACUCUUAAUUCAUCCUUAUCUUGUUAGAUCUCGCAUCAAUUUCUUUCGUUCGUUUCAUAUUCUACCGUUAUACUUUUCCUUUUUUAAUCAUGAAUUCCAUUUAUUGCUGCUGACAAUAUAUAGCAUUUAUUAUUAUAAUUAUUAUAAUUAUUAUUUCCAUUUUGAAUUAAGGGUGGUUGUGGGUAGCUUAGGGUUCCAAAAUUUAUCGCUUUUUGAAUGGAACCUCGUGUUGGAAAUAAGUUUCGCCUCGGUAGGAAGAUCGGUAGCGGUUCCUUUGGAGAGAUCUACUUAGGUACUAAUAUUCAAACUAAUGAAGAGGUUGCAAUUAAGCUUGAAAAUGUCAAGACUAAGCAUCCUCAGUUGCUGUACGAGUCCAAGUUGUACAGAAUUCUCCAGGGAGGAACUGGAAUUCCAAAUGUUAGAUGGUUUGGAGUGGAGGGAGAUUACAAUGUUUUAGUGAUGGAUCUGCUGGGACCUAGUCUUGAAGAUCUCUUUAACUUUUGUAGUAGAAAGUUAUCACUAAAGACAGUUCUUAUGCUUGCUGAUCAAAUGAUCAACCGUGUUGAGUUCAUUCAUUCGAAAUCAUUUCUACAUCGAGAUAUCAAACCAGAUAAUUUUCUAAUGGGAUUAGGAAGGCGUGCGAACCAGGUUUAUGCUAUUGAUUUCGGUCUGGCUAAGAAAUACAGAGAUAGUUCAACCCAUCAACACAUUCCUUACAGAGAAAAUAAAAAUUUGACUGGAACUGCAAGAUAUGCUAGCAUGAAUACUCAUCUUGGCAUUGAACAAAGUCGAAGAGAUGAUUUGGAAUCUCUUGGUUAUGUUUUGAUGUAUUUCCUGAGAGGAAGUCUUCCUUGGCAGGGACUUAAAGCAGGAACCAAGAAACAGAAGUAUGAGAGAAUCAGUGAAAAAAAGGUUUCUACAUCCAUUGAAGCCUUAUGUCGGGGUUAUCCUACAGAAUUUGCAUCAUACUUCCAUUACUGCCGCUCAUUAAGGUUUGAUGAUAAGCCAGAUUAUGCUUAUCUCAAAAGAAUAUUUCGCGAUCUGUUUAUUCGUGAAGGAUUCCAGUUUGAUUAUGUGUUUGACUGGACCAUCUUGAAGUAUCAGCAAUCACAGCUUGCCACACCUCCAGCACGGGCCAUUGGUCCUAGUGCGGGAACCAGUUCUGCAAUGCCACCUGCUGUUACCAAUGCUGAUAGACACACAGGAGCAGAAGAAGGGCAACCCCCUGGUUUGGUUUCGGUGGAUUCCUCAAGGCGCAGAAUGUCAGGACCCAUUUUAAAUACUUUAUCAAGUGCCAAUGUCUUGGGUCAGUCAAGUGGAUCAUCUAGGCGAGUUGCUGUUUCUAGUAGUCGCGAUGCAUUUGUUGGUGCUGAGUCAGAGGUUCGUACACGCACUGCUGAGGCUAGCCCUGGAGCAGCACACAGAAUUUUGGGCGGGCAAAGAAGUUCACCAAUUGGAUCUUCUGAUCCCAAGAGAGUAGCACCGGUUGGGAGAAGUGCUUCUCAAGCCAAAAAUUAUGACAGUGCCCUUAGGGGCAUGGAGGGUUUGCAGUUAGAGACUGAUGAGAGGACCCAUUAUUAAUAUCUCAACUUCUUCUCAUCUAGUGACUAAUGAGUUGAUAGCAAAAGCAAACAUUGCUUAUGUUGUGAAAUUGAGCUGAGUAAAUUUGGAUCUGAACUUGAAAUUCCAGGUCUGUAUUAACUCAUCUGCUCAAACGAGGGAUUGUGCUUUACUGUAAAGUUCAAGUUUAAUCGGCUCUUCACUUCUGGCCGGAACAGAGUUAUUAACAUCUUUUCCUGUGAGUUAUUGUAUUGGUUUACCAGAUGUUUACAUGGUCACGUGGACCACAAAGGUCAAAAUUAUCAAAUGUAAUUAGCCAUUGUAUUCUUGUGGGAUAAUAUUCCUUUAGUUUCCACGAUGCAAGUGUCUGGAAAUUAUUCUGGUAUUAGGAACAUGGAAUGUUUUACCUUGUGUGGUUCUUAUCAAGCUGAAAUCAUAUUAUCUCCAGCCUUUUUCUAGUUGACAUCUUUCAUGAUAAACUUGUAUGACAUUUAUUUUGAUAGAUCAGAAGGUUUUCUUUGAACAUUUAAACUAGAUUUAUAGUUUGUAUUCUAUGAAUGAGAAUUUCUUUUA